AUGACGAAUACUGGAAAGGACAUACAUCUGUGUUACGAAUCAGACAAUGUAUCCUGCAAAAUGGCAAUUAUCCCCUCAACAAUACGUGUAUUAUUGUAUGUUUUCCUUGGCUCAAUAUCUGUUCUGACACUGUGUGGAAACCUUCUUGUAAUCAUUGCCAUCAUUUACUUCAAACAGCUCCACACUCCAACUAACUACCUGAUUCUCUCUCUGGCCAUGUCUGACCUCCUUGUUGGGGCUUUAGUGCUGCCAUUGGUCAUUGUGUUUUCUGUAAGUUCUUGUUGGUAUCUUGGAGAUUUCAUUUGUAAGAUACGGCACAGCUUUGAUGUCUCACUAACUACAUCUUCUAUUCUGAACUUAUGUUUUAUUUCUAUUGACAGAUAUGUUGCAGUGUGUCAUCCUCUGAGGUAUAAAAGUAAAAUAAAUGCUCGUGCCUCUGCAAUAAUGAUUCUGUUGAGCUGGGGAGUUUCUGCCCUGGUUGGAAUUGGCAUUACAGCUGUGGGACGUAAUGAAGAAAAAUGUGAGCAACUGUGUUUCUCAUUUCAUAUCCCGGUUUCAGGCAUCAUUGGAUGUGUUCUCUCAUUUUACCUCCCAGCAGUUAUAAUGCUCAGUACCUACUUUAAAAUUUUCCUGGUGGCACAGAAACAGGCACACAGCAUCCAGAACUCAAACUGUCAGAGUGUAAAGUCUGGAGCGUCUGUCAGUAAGAUGGAGAGAAAGGCCACCAAAACUCUGGCUAUUGUUAUGGGAGCUUUUCUGAUCUGUUGGACUCCUUUCUUUACUGGUGUGACCAUAAACCCAUUAAUUAAUUAUUCAAUUCCAAUAACUGCCAUUGAAACAUUUGCUUUACUCGGAAGCUCUAAUUCAGUGCUCAAUCCAUUCAUUUAUGCCUUCUUUUACAGCUGGUUCCGAGUGGCUUUCCGAAUGAUCAUUUCUGGUAAAAUAUUUCAGGGGAAUUUUGCAAACUCAAAACUGCUCUGA